CCUUUUUUCCAAUAACCUGACUAAUCAACUCCAGCACCACCUUCUUCCAGAAGAAGAUUAUCUGGGGACACUCCCACAUACAAUGGAACAGAGACUCCUUUUGGUGAUUACAUUUAAUGCAUGCGUCUGGAACGUUGGGGUUAUAUCUGAAUGUGCGCAGUAUGUGGAAUAAGGUAGAUGAUCUUCUAACACAGUUACAGAUUGGCAUAUAUGACACUGUGGACAUCACUGAAUUGUGGCUGAAAGAAGAUUAUAGCUGGGAGCUUAACGUCCGAGGAUACAGAUUGUUUCGAAAGGACUGACAGGAAGGCAGAGAGGGGUGGCUCUGUCAGUAAGACACGAAAUCAAAUCAUUAGAAAAAGCAUCGGACUCGUGGGUAGAGCUAAGGAACUUCAAGGGUACAAAGACCCUUGUGGGGUUAUAUGCAGACCCCCAAACAGUUGUUGUUGUUUGUCCUUUGGAGUCGAAGACGACCACGACUUCUUAGCGGAAUGGGUUUGGAGUCGUGACUUGCGCUUGACUUGGAUUAAAGUGAGGGAGAGUUGCGCAAAUCGUCAGCCUCACUCUCUCGUCCCGACCUAUCUGUAUCCAGUUGCAAGACAGAGUCGAGACGGCUGGAGAUAAGUCGGGAUGCAGUGGAUGGUCAGCAGUGUCCUACGUGUCUCACUGUGCCCUGAUUGCGCUCCACAACGCUUUGCUGGGUCCGCCUUUCUACUCGUUGGACCGCCAAGUGGUGGUCUCCUCCACGUAGUCCGCCGAAUUCAGUCUUCGCAUGCGAAGGUAGACAAGCCCUAACUCACCGAGGGUUUGAGGCCCAUCGGCUACCCUCACCAGGUUUUGCCGGCCAAUCGCAGCCGUUGCCAGGGGUGUGGCUGCUGUUGCAUGCAAACAGCUACGAGGAACCACUGAUGAGAGCUGAGUGUCAGAUUUUGAAAGAUGGCAGGAAACAGAGUGGAUCUACCUAAAUUUAACAUCGAUGCUCCGCGAUGGGACCAGAGCACGUUCGUGGGACGGUUAAAACACUUCUUCAACAUCACAGACCCACGCACAGUGGUAUUAUCCAAUGCAAGGCUCGAUAAAGCAAAGGAUCUGGUCGACAGAUGCAGAGCUGGUACUCUGCCUCCAGGAACGACCGAGGAGCAGCUCCUGUACGCAAAGAAACUCUACGACUCUGCAUUCCACCCGGACAGUGGGGAGAGGAUGAAUUUGAUCGGGCGAAUGUCAUUUCAGGUCCCUGGCGGGAUGGCGAUAACUGGCUUCAUGCUGCAGUUUUACAGAACAGUUCCAGCAGUGGUAUUCUGGCAAUGGGUCAAUCAGUCGUUCAAUGCCCUGGUCAACUACACCAACAGGAAUGCUGCGUCGCCAAUAAGCGCAAAACAAAUAGGAGUGGCGUACCUGACAGCAACGAGCACUGCGCUGGCAACUGCAGUUGGACUAAACCUCUACACAAAGAAAGCUCCACCUUUACUGGCCCGCUGGGUCCCUUUUGUUGCCGUGGCAGCUGCUAACUGUGUAAACAUUCCAAUGAUGAGACAGCAAGAAAUUAUAAAUGGAAUCACCGUGACUGAUGAAAAUGAGAACAAGCUGGGAGAAUCCAGGAUUGCAGCUGUGAAGGGUAUCAUGCAAGUGGUGAUCUCUAGAGUUACCAUGGCCGCUCCAGGAAUGAUUAUUCUCCCCAUCAUAAUGGAAAAGCUGGAGAAGUAUCCUUUCAUGCAAAGGAUUAAGUUCCUUCAUGCCCCACUGCAAGUGACGCUGGUUGGAUGCUUCUUGAUCUUCAUGGUGCCCGCUGCUUGUUCACUGUUUCCUCAGUGGUGUUGUAUGCCAACUUCUAAAUUGGACCCAGAGCUGAGGGAUUCAAUAGCCACCAAGUACGGAGAUAAAGUGAAAUACGUCUACUUCAACAAGGGGCUGUAGACUUUAGCAGCUGAUGUCCUACAAAGAGCUGAGGACUCCUUUAAACUUUAUGACAGAAUCAAUGUUACCAAAGAGAAUUAGAAAACAGAGGAACAAACACAAAACACUGGAGGAACUCAGUAGGUCAGGCAGCAUCUACGGAGAGGAAUAAGCGGUCAAUGUUUCAGGCCACGACCCUUCAUCCGGACUGGGAAGGUUGGCCUUCCCCCACCACCUUAUUCUGGCUUCCUCUCCAGUCCUGACGAAGGGUCUCGGCCCAAAAACAUCAACUGCCUAUUCCUCUCCAUAGGUGCUGCCGGACCUGCAGUUCAUGUGUGUUCCUCUGGGUUUCCAACAUCUGCAAAACGUCUUGUGUUUACAGUUAGAAAACAGCCAUGCACAGUAUCUCACUACCACUGUGUCCCGGAGUGUCCCAUCACAAUGAAGUGUUUGGGUCUCUCACUCUAAUGUGUUUACCAUCUGUUAAUGUUUUUCAACUUCAUAGCUUGGCAGGGGAAAAACUUCACACGCACAAGAAAGAUGAGGAACUUCAGACUGAACUGUGGCAGAUUAUGACUUGUAUAUGCAGAAGUGUACAUAUUCACUUCUUGGAAAUGAAAAUCUGCCUACUGGCUUUUUCCCAAUUCAAAGUUGAAAGGAGGACUGUAACUUUGUUUUUAGACACUGCAGGGAGAUGGAAAAGGGGUGGGCUAGGUACAGUUAUCCAACUCUCAUUAAAUUAAAGAAAAGUA